UCCCAUCCGGUGGAACUCGAUCCAACCGAACAUCGAAGCUUACUUCGACGAGGGUGACGACGAUGGUGAAGACGACGAGGAUGUGCUGGGUGGUUCCUUUCUUCCCCGGGACUGUCUCCGGCACGUGUGGAAACAGGAUCUGAUGUUCGAGGACCGGAUGGUGAUGAAUUGGAGCGUACCGGUGGUGGAUGCCAGGCUUGUUGAAAUCAGUAGCAGUGGCAGUAGUAGUAGAGAUAGUAGUCACGAGGACAAACGCCAACGCAACAGAACUGUCUAUUUUAGGAUAUUAUAUCGUACAAUGACCAGCCAUAUUGUUAACGAACUGAUUUACACAAUGGUGCUUUUAAAAGAAUGUAACUUACUACUUAAGGAAACCUCGGGAUCUCUUGACUCCGGAAAGCUGCCUGCGGAGUACGACGACUGUAGAAUAGGCUUCCCCUCGCGAUUGGAGGACCUGCAGCAGCAGCAACAGCAACAACAGCAAUUGCCACCGGGACUGGUGGUACAACUAACGAGGCUCAAUAUACCCUGCCGUACCGACGGUGGCUAUCUCAAAUUUAGUGACUCCAUCUCUGGCGGUAGUGCAGAUGGAUGGUUUGGUGGUGGUGGUAGUGAAGGUGCGGUUAACGGCGAACGCCGCUUUGACAUGCAGCCGGGAGUUUUGUGCGGGAAACUCGAAGAACUGCCCAAACACGAACGGACGUUCUACUUUCAGAGGCAUCGCAACACCAGCCUGGCGGUGCACAAUCGGGCGGUGUUUAGUUUUAACUUUAGACUAGUGGAUUACUGUUACAAUGUAACGCUAAGUGAUAGGAACAGUUCGGUGCUACUGAGGCCUUUGCGAGGUCUGGACUGCCGCUUCAAGAUACAUCUGCCGUACGGGAACCGGGUGCGGCUACGACUGGUGACUAAUGGUGCAGGGGAGUCUGUCAAUUCUAGUGUGGUGGUUAGGGAGCAGGUAGAUUUGGGUGCGAUUCAGGGCGGAGGAUUAACGCCCCAGUGCUUCGGAGGACUUCGUGUUGAAGUCUUUGAACUGCCGCAAAAUCGGUGGGUACAAUGCGUAGAUAGCUACAGUAGAGCAGCGGAGUAUACGUUGCUAUCCAGUGAUAAUAGCAUAGUGAUUCAAGUCAACAAGAACCCACUGCUGGCGGCCUUGGAAGCCGUAGCAGAGACAAACGAAAGCAGUAGUAGUAGUAGCAGUAUUAGGAAAUCAGUGCCAUCGCUACUCAUCGAAUACAGUUCGCAUCCGAUCGAGAAUGUCAUUUCACAAUGUGCCUUCGGAUGGAUCGCAAGUAAUCAGUUCUGUAUCGCCCCGUUUGAGGCCGAAAGGCUCAGCUGGAUGGAGGCCGAACGGGAGUGCAACCACCAGGGAGGUCAUCUGGCCUCGAUUCGAUCGGUCGCGGACCAGAAACUGGUCGAUCAGCUUUUGCUCAAAAGUCCUGGCUACCGGGACGGAAAUGCCUACUGGAUUGGGGCAUCGGAUAGGAUGCUGGAAGGAGACUUCCGGUGGAGCGACAAUCUGCCCUUUACGUAUUCCAAUUGGUUUCCCGGUUGGAUCCAGCAGGAGAACUACAAUCGACAACCGAACGAUGACGGCUUGAGCGGACAGGACUGUGUGGAGAUUCGACGCCAGUUCCAGACGCCUCCGGGGAUUUCAUCGAGCGUAAGUCCUCUGGCACAGUCGUACAUGUGGAACGAUCGGGACUGCGAUACGCGGAACUUUUUUCUCUGUGAGAGGCUAGCUGUUGAAGAGCCACUAGAGAAGACCUGGCACGACGAUUGCAACAAAACGAUCUCCCUGACGAUGGAUCGCCCAAAGGCAACCAUCUGGAGUCCGGGGUUUCCGAGGCCUUAUCCGGACAACGUAAACUGCCUGACAAUGAUCACUGCCCCUCCCGGCUAUCGGAUAGUGGUAGACUUCGAGGAACUAGUUCUUGAAAAUGAACCACUGUGCACUUACGACUAUCUCCAGAUCCUGGAGCCACCGGCCAACAUGUCCGCCGCCUACAUCAAGCAACCUUCCCGCUUUGCCUUCGGCGGAGUACCGCCGCUCUUCCAGACGCGCAAUCCGCGGCACAGCACAAGUCGCUACAACUACGUACGCCGCCGCAAAUCAAGCUUUCUGCCCUCCAAGCUCGACCUAGCCGAUCGCCUGAUGUCGACCUUCACCAGCAAAACCCCAAACCUCAUCCUCCAGCCGGAGGAUCCCAGCUACAACCCACGGCUUCCACCGCCGGAUCUCUACACCGGCCGUGUCCCGCGCAAAGUCUGCGGCGACUGGAGCUCCAAGCUCAAACUGCUCCGGCACACGACCAAGGGACCGCUGCUGGCGUUGCGGUUCGUGUCCGACUACUCCAACCACUACGGCGGCUACAAGGCCAAAGUUGCCAUGGAAAACGGAAGGCAAUGGCCACGUGUGAUAUCCGAGUGCUAUGACGAGCGCUUCAAGGCCUACAAUGUGUCGUGCUAUUCGUUCAUCUCCUUUCCGGAAGCGGACUGGGCGACGGCCCAGCAGAUUUGUCGGCUGAACGGAGCCCAGCUGGCGUCGAUUUCGACCACCGAUGAGCAGAGGUUCAUCACCUUCAACAUCCGCAACAGCCUGGACUACACACCCCGAGCGCUGUACUGGGUAGGUGGAGAACUAACCGAAGCCGGCGAGCUCGAAUGGACCGAUGGAACGAAGCUACUGUUUGAGGGUUGGCUUCCCGGUCAGAAGCCGGAGCCGACACAACCACCGCAAGCUUCCACGUCGUCGUCGUCGUCAUGCUUGGGACUCCAGUGGAAGAUAUCGCCCACGCCGAUGAUUUCGUCCGGUCUGCACUGGAGCACUCAGCAGUGCACGGCCAGGGGUGGCUACGUGUGCAAAAAGCCGCGUCCCACGGCCGACGAGAACAUGGUCAAGAAUCAGACUAUUAGUGGGACGGAGGGGCGGCUGGAUUCGCCCAGUCCGUACCCAGCUCACACGGAUUAUUGGGUUCGGUUGGUGGCUCCAGAGGGUACCCGAAUUAUCAUCCAGUUUCAGAAGCUGGACAUUGAAUUCCAGGAAGAAUGUCUGUACGAUUACGUGAGUAUUCAGAACUUCCAAAUUGUGCCGAAUGCGCCGUUGAACCCCGGGACCAAUCCGCAACCGAUGGCUAUGUUCUGGGAUGGCCGUACCGACGAUAGCCUAUUGUCGUCUGAUUACCAGAACGAGCAGCCCUUUCGACCGCUGUUGACCGGAGACUACAGCUACGAUCAGAAGACCUCGUCACUACCGAAGGACCGGAAGUUCUACCGCAAGCGAUCGCUUCUGGCAAACGAUGACAUCCAGCAGAAGCUGCAGGACAACAUCAAACUGCUGGAGAAGAUUAACUCGAAGCUCAAGGACCGUAAGAAGCGGUUCCUCAGCUCGGACAACUACAAAACGGUGAAGAACAGCUCGCAGAGUAUCACGUUAGAGUCCAAUACGGCAGUGGAACCGGUCGUCGAAGAAACGGAUCCGUCGUUCCUGCCGUACGUGCGGUGGUGUGGGACGCACGACUCCAACAUGACGCGCUUCAACUUCAUCUCGAGCCGGAAUGAAGCGUUUCUGCGGUUUCACUCGGACUUCUCCGUGGGCGGCGGAGGUUACACGGCGACCUGGAGCACGGUAGACGUUUCAGGCUGUCCAGUGCAAACGAUAACCUCGAGGGAAGGGACGAUCAGCAGUCCGAACUAUCCGCACUUCUUGCUGAACAACCUGGACUGUACGUACAUCAUUCAGGCUCCGUACGGGAAGAAGGUCUGGCUGGAGUUCACCUCGUUCGACGUCGCAGUGGAUGCCAUCGUGUACGUGGACAUUUCGGAGGGACCGUUUGAGCCGUUCCGGGACGCGAGUCACAUCAACGACGGGGUGUUCUUGAGCAAGGGUGAACGACUGGUGGUGCGGCUGAAGACAGGGACGCUUCCUCGGGGGAAAGGCUUCCAUGCGACGUUCAAGACCAUGAGUUCAGCGGCGGAGCACAGGUCCAUCCAUCUGGGAAACAGGACGAACGGUAACAUGUUCUACCUGAACUACCCGCAGUCGAUGCCGUACGAGAUUGACUUUACCCAACACCUGAUAGCACCUCUGGGGGAUGUGAUACUGCUGGAACUCCAUGGAGUGGGGUUCAGCGAACAUGGAUGCCACAAAAGUGGAUUCAUUGAGAUCUUCGACAACUACGCAGACAAGAAUGGAACGCUGUGGCACCUGUGUGAACUCAAUCAUCCGAACGCAUCCGCCUCCAAGGCCUAUUCGGCCGAGUACAAACUCAUCGAGAACAACCUGGCCAAACCGGCUCCGAUCUACAUCACGUCCUACCUGAACACCCUGCACAUCCGUCAGCGGAACGUCCAGGGUAUGGGCAUUCGGCUCAACGCCACCAUCCGGCUUCAGAACGACAUCGGCUACAAGAUGAAACUGAUCACCAACGAGGACGAGUGGGUCGAAAGCUGUAAGCCAAACCCGUGCCAAUCCGGUGGCAAAUGCUUCAUGCAGAAGGACGAUCGUGGCGUUUGCCAGUGCCGUGGUCACUUCACGGGUCGCUUCUGCGGGCUGACGAUGUGCGAACUAGAGCCGUGCUACUUCGGCAAAUGCGAAUUGACACAAUCCAGCUUCAAGUGCCACUGCCAGCCCGGCUAUAUGGGCAAACGGUGCGAUGAAAAGCCGAAACCUUGCGAAGAUAACCCUUGCGAGGGCCGAGGCGAGUGUCACCCGAAGAACGGGGGGUACUUCUGCCGGUGUCACGCCUGGUGGGAAGGACCCCGCUGCGAGAAACGAAUGAUGCAUAUCCCGUACAAGCCGCUGUCAGAACGGAUGCUACAGGAACCGUUCUGGCUGGGUCUGAUCACGGUAUUUGUGGUGCUGGCCGUCAUUGGACUGGUCUGGUGCGCCAAGCGACACUUCCCGGAGAAGAUCGAGAAGCUUCUGGCCGAUGAGGCGCAUCGAAACAGACCCACGAACUUCCCGCCACAUCACCUGAAUACGGCCCUUCGGGAGCAGCUCCAGGCAACGGCCGUCGGAACGGUCCCAUCGUCAACGGCCACCACCCCUGCGACGCAUCGGACCAUCUUCGGACGUUUGGGUAUUAGAAAACCAUCCAUAUUGAGCCUCAGCAGCCCUCAGCAAGUUGGAGGGGCAACCGCUAGAACAUUUUCAUUAGAUGAUCUAUUACGGCCCCCUCCUCGACGAACGCCAUCACCCCGCAAGAAGCGAAACAACUCCACGCCCACCAAGAAGAACGUCAACGAGAAGAAGCAGAUACUGCAGCAGCUGGUAUCGCCAGCACCCAACGCAGCCACCAAGCAAGUCAGCCUGGGCGAACUGAUCCAGCUGUCCGAAAACCGCCUCAAGGUGCACCACGCCGAGUCGGAAUCGGACCUCAAAGAAACGACCUUCUCCGAGCACUCACUUUCGGUGUCCUCCAUGGUCCGCCAGAUAUCCGACCCCAAGCUGGAGAAGAAGGUCACCUUUGCCCGGCUGCUCAGCAAGGUUUCGGCCGAGAUGAGCAGCGGGUCCGAAGACCUGGCCAAUGGAACAAAACAUUCUAGCGCUUUAAGUCUUCCGACUGAAGUACCGCAACGCGCAAAUUCCGUACCACCGUCACCAAGCACAAACGAAAUUCGUUCGCCGCACAGCACUUCCUCGAACCAGGGAAGCGAUUCGCUGUCCAGUUCCGAGCUAGCUUUGCAUGAUUUCGGUUUGCGAGGUCACCGGCGGGUCCGCCCCAAGGUGUCCAGCGCGGACUCCAUCCUGGCCAUGUUCAAAAACUUUGCGACAUCGAGCGCCGGCAUCAACCUGCCGUCGUCGAUCGUGAUAUCGCCGUCGUCCACUCCGACGGCGUCCAGCCCCCAGGAUGACGUGGCCGGCGAUGACGACUCGUCAACUUCGUCCAUCCACACGCCGGUUAGCUUCUCUAGCGGGGCACCCGACUCGCCCGUGUUCUACCGGCAGAGUACGAUCGAAGUACCUGUUCUCGAUGCACUUAGCGCUCACAAAACGACGCCUUCGACCGCCACAACCACCACUACACAGCUGCAUCCGCCAACCAUUUUGCUGGAGAUACCCAGCAACGGUAUCAAUAACAAGUGCCUGUCUCCAAUCAGAGAAAUGCCCACGCCGAUCCCGUCGCCAGCGUUGACGCCGAUCAUGCCACGACCGCAGCGGAUGCGAUCUCCCCAAAACAUGCAUGAGGAAUCCAUGUCCGUGACGUUCAGUGGCGACUAUUCCGGAUAUAACAACACAAACCCCAACCAAGUCACAAUCGAAAUCAACCAUCCCGAAUCGGACACCGAUUCACCCACCCCAACCAAUCUGUCCUCCCAGAGUGACUCCAACAGCUCGAACGGUUCCAGCCGCAGCCGUAAGGCUCCACCUCCUCCGAAGAUCUCCAUUUCGAUUGAUGUCCAACCCCCCACUCCGGAAAGGGAACGAGCUGUGCGACCUCGUGAUCUAGUUAUACCGGAGCUGGUCAUCCAGCAGCCCAGUCCUACGAAGGAACGCUCCGCGGUGGUGAUGUUCCCCGGUUCGCCGCCUCCUCAGAGGGCCAGCAUAGGAGAAACUAGCUUCCACUUCCCCAACAAGCAGCAGCAGAAAAGAUUGCUGAAACAGUGGGAGAAACCCGGCUCGUUGGAUCUGCCCUUCGAGCCGCCGAUGAUCACAAUCACGUCCAACAUGAGCGAGCUCGAGUCGGAUGCCGACUGCAUGUCGCCGGCCGCCACAGGUAAACCAAACGGUACCAACACCCUAGGCGUGUCCGGUAGUUCCGUAGGAAUGUGCUAUCUCAGUCCGUUUUCGAUGUGUACCCGUGGUGAUCGUGCGCCGUCCGAAAGUAACCUUAGUUCGUCCGGCUAUUCUAGUAUGGCUAGUCCCGGUCCCAGUAGGUGCGGAUCUAGCAAUCCUCUCUGUCCUAGCGAGAUGGAAGACCCCGGUACAGGUUCCGGAGGAACGGGCUUCCCAGGGUUGAGCUCCAUGAUGGGUGCCAACAUGCGACGUCACACAUCGAUACUAAAGAAACACAACGAGGCUACGGGAGGAGCCGGGGGAACGGCAACCGGCGGUAGUUCCGACCGCCACGAAUCCUUCCGACUGAGGUCCGACUCGGAAACAUUGUCCGAUGAUCCGCUGCUCGAGUCGAACGAUGAAGGCAUUGGAACAGACCAUUUGGACGAGAAGAUCGAAGACGGAGAAAUCAAAAGUGCCAAAGAGCUGGAGCUCUACAUCGGCAAGGAGCUGAUCGAGAAUGGACGGAACAUUCUGAACCAAACGGAAGUGGCCUCCAUGUCGCAACUGCAACUGCCGUCGAUCGUAAUACAGUCGGAGAGUGGGUUUGACAAGCUGUCGCCAGUUUCGUCGCGCUCCGAGAGCCCCCUGAGCGAUAGAACCGUUAGUAUGGAGCGAUUCUCAACACAUUUCUACGGCAAAAAAGAUCAACAGCUGCCGUUUACCGAUUCGGACGGACUGUACGACUUCCCCUCGUCCGACGGUAAAGGCAGCUCAACGAUUCACCACCGGAAGAGUACCGUCGGUCGAAGGAGAGAACGCCGAAGCUCACGCUCCGGAGCGACGCUCUCUCCAUCUAAAUCGACCUCUAUACUGCUUGAGAUCCCGAGCGGAACCUCCAAGGACAAGGACAACAAUGGCACGGGCGGCCAUAAUAUGUCGAUAAACUCCCACAACGCAAUCGGAUCGAAGUUCUCUUGCAACAAUACCCCAACUCGUAAAAGCCCCAAGAGGCGUCCACUGUAUCGACACCCCAUAGCGAGCAGCUCAUCGUCAACCGAAUCGUUGACCUCCACUCGCGAAUACGCACAAAGAUCCAGCAAAGCAUUCACGUCCUUCACGAGGGAAACCCAUCUGUGCGACUCCGGAGAUGACACCGGCGAGGAUGUGUCUAGCCAAAUACUGCCCAAGGUAACGGUGGAGGACAUCAGUGCUCGACCGCAGAGCAAGAUCGGACGCCUCCGCGCCAUUGGCAACCAGAUUCGCUUCCUCCGUCGCCUGGAGCGAUCGAUCCGGCAAAAGGACCGCCUAAUAAUCGUUUCGGACGAGGACGGCGGUGGUUCGUCGCCUCGGGACUCACCCCGGGUCACGUCCCCCCUGCUGAAGAAACAGGACAACAACGGCGCCCCAUCCACGAUGACCGGGACAAUGAUCGGUGGAGGCCGGAUUGUCGUCGAGGCGCAGCAGCACCCGCAACCGCCGCAGACAGGCCAACUGUUGAUGCCUUCCAGUGCCGUGGGGAUCAAGUCGCGGCAGAACUUCAAAAUGUCACGCCAAAAGCGGGUGGCUGGGAGCCGUGGUGGGGCUGGUGGUGGUUAUAAUGACCAAACGUGGCAGGAGCGCGAUCGGAAGAUGAUCGACGGUGGCGAUGUAAAUAGCGAUUAAGUGGGUGAGUGAGUGCGAGUAUGUGAGAAUGUGGGCACGUGUGCGUGCAACUUUAUGUAAAUAUCGUGAUGGUGAGUUUAUGUUGAGCGUUCUGCGGUGUCAUCCUUCUUCCAGCGAUGGGCAAAACU